AUUGAACAGAAAAAUCAAUUGGUAUUUUUAGAUUUUUUGAGAUAUCCAGUAUUUUAAAUAUUUUGAGCCCUGAGCUUUUCAUACAUUCUGAAAACACUGCAGCUGGGGGCACCUAGGUGGCUCAGUCCUGGCAUCCGACUCUUGAUUUCGGCUCAGGUCAUGAUCUCACAUUUCAUGAGAUCUAGCCCCACAUCUGGCUCUGGGCCGACAGUGUGGAGCCUGCUUGGGAUUCUCUCUCUCUCCCUUCCUCUCUGUUCCUCAUCCCCCCCCCCCAAUAGCUCUCUCUCUCCCUCUCCCUCUCAAAAUAAAUAUUAAAAAAGUGAAAUAUAAACACUGUACCUAACUUUACGUCAUGUAACCAAAGAUUUAAAAUAUACAUACACACUUGCUCACGCAUUCAACGAAACAAGCCAGGCCAGCCGAGAUUGAAACAGGAAAGCAGUUGAUUUUCAGUUCCUUAAAAUAUGUUGAAUUACGAAGUGGGUGAUGAAAGGUAAAACAACCUUUGAAAAUUUUAGUACUGUUUUGUGUAGAUUUCCUUAGGAAAAAAAAUUUAAUUAAAGCAGGGAUUUCAGAUUUCCAGGCUCAGGGACAUUGUUUAUUGUACAAUUACUUCAUACCUUUAACAGUUGCUGUUAUGAAAUGGAAGGACAAAUGACAUUGUAACAUUAUUGUUUGUUUGCAAGUAUCACUUCCGGUACCUUCCCCAGCUAAUGGCUCUGUAGGCUUGAGCCAGGUUAGAAAAAUAAACUCAGGCAUGCUGUUCAGAGGUAGAUGGCUCUCCAAAUUAUGUUCAUGGUCUUAAUUUCCACCAGAUGUUCGUUUUAGCCAGACACACAUAAUCAUUUGGCUUUAUUAUUUCAUGCAUUUUUGAUUGAAAGUGUUGAAUAUUUUAAAAUUCUGUGAUCCGGUAAAUAUCGUUGUGAUGCGGUCGUGGAGGAUGAGUAAGCUUCAUGCGAUGCCUUCUACCCCAACGCGGGAUCCUCCCAUUUGAGAUGGAAUUUAUUUAGUUGGAUUUGUAUCAGUUCUUCUCUCUGGAGGCUUCAGGGAGCUUGCAGACAUCUAACAGUCCUUAAAUAUUUCAAAAGAGAACUUCAGCAAGAAGGUGGAGCCGGGAGCCAAGCGGAGGAAAAUAAUGUGAAAGCAAUGAUAGCAAAGAAUCUUUGUGUCCCACCCACCUCAGCCCACCUCCCAGAGCUCCCGAGAACGGUUUUCCCUGCUCUCAGUGGGGGAAGAGAAUUUCAUUUGGAAAUUAAGGGUGUUUGAUCCUGACGAAUGCUUGGGGCAGUGGCAGAGUAAGCGGGAGCAGCCCUGGUCUUAACGACCAGCUGUGUGACCUUGGGUAAGUUCUUACCCUCUCUGAGCCUCAUUCAUUGAAGUGAGCAUUGGAAUGGAGGAUUUCUAAGGUCCCCUCUACCUAUUGGGAUCCUAUAAUUCAAAGACUUCAAAGCUUGAAAGUACUCUGGUCUCCCCUGGAAAGGAAACCCUGCAUCUGGAAGGUGUGGCUCAAGGCAGCAGAGCAGGACCAAGCCAGAAAUGUCUUAAGAAAGAAUACGUACGUGUUUUAAAGUGUGUUCUCACCAUACUGGCUUGAUGUAGCCUGUUCUUCCUCCUUGGUUGGCUUGGUCACUGUUCUUUGUCUGUGAUUCUUUAUUUUUGGUUUUCUCAGUGUUUUCUUUUGUGUUCAUUUAAAUACUUAAAUUUUAGUUCCUAUAGCCUAAUUUAUUCUUCUUUUGCACUUUGUGAAACCCCAGAGUGGUCAUGGCAAACCCCAGGAGGGAUGCCUGAGACAGAAUUUUCCUGUUCACAACAGGAGUAGGGCAUGCUUGGCUUCUUUUUUUCUUUUUCUUUUGUUUGUUUGUGUUUUGUUUUUUGUCGCUUUACACGUAUUAGCUCGCUGCCAGACAUUCAUUCUUUUUUUUUUUUUUUUAAUAUUUAUUCAUUUUUGAAAGGCAGCAAGAGACAGAGCAUGAAUGGGGGAGGGGCAGAGAGAGAGGGAGACACAGAAUCUGAAGCAGGCUCCAGGCUCCGAGCUGUCAGCACAGAGCCCGAUGGGGGGCUUGAACUGACAAACCGUGAGAUCAUGACCUGAGCCGAAGUUGGAUGCUGAACCGACUGAGCCACCCAGGCACCCAGAAUUUUGUUAAAUUUUUACGUUGAAUUUUGCACCAGUUGUAAAGGGCGUUCUUGGUUCAUAGGGCUAUAAACAUUUCAACCUUUGUCCUUCACAAGGUAAUUAUUUCAUUAAAAGCAAAUUACAGUUGAUUCAGUAGCUCCAGAUAAAAAUGCUAAUCACAUGGUAAAUGGAUAUGCUAAGAUUUGAGAACAAAUUACCUUGGUAUUUUAAUGGAGAGAGUUUUCUGAGCUAAUUUUUAUUCAUAGCCUCUCUCUGGCUAAUGUGAGGCUGGUGAUGAUUUCUAUAAUUAAUGAGCUCAAGUUAUAAAAAAAAAAAAGACUAACAGGUAGACAGUAGGGCAGUGUGGAGCCAACAUUUUUAUUUCAGAGAAGUUGGAUUUCAGGCCAUCACUGCGAAAGGUGCUCUUACUGAGCGAAUGUUUUUAAAUAGGUACACAAACAGGCUUUAGGAGGUUACGGUAUCUCCCAAAACGUCUAUGAAAAAUGUUCCUUGUUUUAAAAGCUUAUUUAAUGGAGGUGAGGAUCCAUUGUUUUCCUUUUUUUUCUUAACUUUUUUUUUUUUUUUUUUUAGAGAGCAUGAGCAGGAAGGAGGGGCAGAGAGAGAGAGAGUCUUAAGCAGGCUCCAGGCUCAGCACUGAGCCUGACGUGGGGUUUGAUCCCACGGCCCUGGGAUUAUGACAUGAGCCAAAAUCAAGAGUUGGACUCCCAACUGACUAAGCCACCCAGGUGCCCCAUGUUUUCCAUUUUUUGCUGAAGGAGUUGGGCUGUGACUCCCAUGAGAAAGUAAAGUCACGUUCCAAUUUUUGAAUAGAAGUGAGGUGCCUGGAGGUCUCUAGGUGACCCCAUGUGGGGGUGUACCCCUGGAGCGUGUGAAGGUUUAGCAUCCACCGGCUGGAACAGGGUCGGGCAGCCCACAAGUCUGGGUCAUCGCUGCUCAGUACAACUCCCCGUGUUGAUGGCUCUGUUCUCUGGAUGGGAGUAUUCUGCACAGUACCCUCAGGCCACAGGCGGCUGUCGAGCACUUGAAAAUGUGGCAAGGGCAAUUGAGGAAUCGAACUUUUAACUUACUUUUAAUUCGUUUCAGCUCCAGUAGCACUGUGUUGGACGUCACAGGUCCAGAGGAAGUGGAUUUACGCCCCGUGCGUCUACUGAUACGAGCAGGGGGCUACAGUGCAUCACCUGUUGACAUAGCCACGGGGUGGGUGAUACUUGGAUGGCAGAGGGAACAUAGAAAACUCUGUGCUUUUCAAGAGCUCGUGGAAACGUAUCGCCUCCGAGGAGGCUUUCCUGUGGAUUCCCCGUUCCUCCCACCCGUCCACAAAUACACACCCCCAGGGUAAGCGGGUGCACACACGGUAUGGUUCUGUAGGUUCUUUGUGGCCCUGGACACAUUCGGUGUUCACUUCCACGUUUUGAACACCGUGGCUUUACAGUCCAAUAACAGCCCUAGAGUUGGGUCCUUCGGUCUGCCGGGCAGCACCUGCCCGAUGGUCGGUGUGGAUGGGAGGGCCGCCAAUGCAGUGGCAAAGUCGUUUGGAGGGGUGUCCUCAGAUAGGUUGCCGGCAUGUCAACCUAGGCUUUAUUGUGGCUUUGUUGUUUUUUCCUACAUUUGUGUUUUGGCUGAAAGUGAUGGGGUUUUGUGAGAAGUGACUUUACGUGAAUUUUUUUGCUUGUUUUCGCUUUUACCUUUUUUUAUACCUGUGGGUGUGAACUCAAGCUGUCCUCUGGGAACCAGGGCCGUGGUGUGGGUGGUGAGGAGACUUUUCUGUGAUGGCAGCUCAUGGGACGGCUCUACUUACCAAGCCUGCAGGAUACCCCUCAUUCAUCCAUCCUAGUUAUUUUUGAGUGCCGGCCGUGGCGACUAAGCAUUCUGCAUGUUCCCCAGAUGCCUGUGGCUGGUGAGCCUCCGAGAGUGGAGAAGGCAGAGUCGGUCAGCCUGGUGGGAAGAACAGAGGGGACCCCGCCAGCCUUCACAAGUCGCCGAGCGACGAGGCAUUCACCCACACCAUCUGCUCUCGCACGCCCAUUCCCCUCAGUGUGCGAAUGCCUCUCCUCGCCAACCCUCCCAGCCUCCCCGCCUCAGAGAGCUUACUGCCUUCCCUGGGAAAGUCUCCUCGGGCCACCUUUUGGCUCCCACAGCCAUUGGCUGGUCUGAGCAAGCUCGGAGAAAGUCCUGGUGUCCUCACGCAUGGAGUAAUGCAAGCAGGUCCGAUGAUGCUCCACUCCACCGCUUCCCACCCGAAAUCAAAAUAGACCAGAAUGAUGUUUCACCCUACAGAUGCAACAGGACUGACUUGUAUCUGAAAAGAAUGUAGCGAUCCAUUACUAAAUACACCAAGUAAGAGGCAGGGACAGUGCCUCAUUGCCCCUGUGGAACCCUUGCAUCGAGUGUGGAUGAAUCGAUGUGGUUAAUUAGAUGAGAUGACCAUAUAUCAAAAACUAUUCAGCUCAGCUGUUGAGCUAAAUAGAUGUUUUUAAAAUAACCAAUCGAGUUGAGGCUCCUCGUUACCACCUGACCUUCUUUGGUUUGUCAGAGGGGUGGGUGGGUAUUUAGGGACAAUAUAAGGUGAGUCAGCCACAUCCGUUUCCUCCUCUUGUCUGUUCCCCUCUUCUUUCUUUUUCCUUUCCUUCACUUUCCUUUCCUUUCUUCCCUUUCUUCUACUUUCUUUCCUUCCUCUUCUGUUCCUGUCCUCUUUUCAUCUUUUCACUUCCUAUUUUUCUUCUCUAUUCUCGUACUUUCUUUUCUCUUGCUGCUUCUCUUUAUCUUCAGCUAAGUCAAGACAUAAGCAACAUGGCCAUGGAUAUCUAUUUCAACCAGAAAAACUUAAGCUUUCUUGGAUUACCAAGUCAAAGAAAAGUUCCAAGCUUUCAGAAAGAAUUCUUGCUUGAAGAUAAAGAACAGCGCAUUAACUACAAAGGAGGAAUCAAUGCUAAGCUUUUAACUGCACUUCCCAAAGUUGCAGAAUUAAGAAAAAUCUUUGAACCAAAGAGGAAAGAACUUUUAGAAAUGAAAAGAAAAGAAAGAAUCGCCAGGCGCCUAGAAGGAAUUGAAACGGACACCCAGCCCAUCCUCUUGCAGAGCUGCACGGGGUUAGUGACCCAUCGCCUGCUGGAGGAAGACACGCCCAGAUACAUGCGAGCCACAGACCCGGCCAGCCCCCACACUGGCCGGUCCAAUGAAGAGGAAGACACUUCGGACUCCUCGGUGGAAAAGCAGACCCGCUCCAAACUCUACCCAGAAACGCCGGGCGUCCAUGCUGACGCCUCCUGUGGUUCGGCUCUCAUGGACGCCCCGGCUCUUGAGUCCAAAGCGGAGAGAAUCGCGCGGUACAAAGCGGAGAGGAGGCGGCAGCUGGCCGAGAAGUACGGGCUAGCGCUGGAUUCCGAAGCCGACUCGGAACCGCUGUCUCGAUACACCAAGUCCCGCAAGGACGCUGAUGCUGCCGACAGAAGGGGAGGGAAAAGCGACAGGCAGGCCGAGCCGGGCAAAGAUUCGAGCUCCCUGUACUCCAGGCCCUGCGUGGCCGAGUCCAAGGACUAUGCCCUCCACGGGAGUGACGGUCUUUCCGACACCGAGGUGCUGCUCAACGUGGAAAACCAAAGACGGGGGCAGGAGCCCAGCGCCCCCACGCAGGCCCGCGACCUGGCCCCCACGGUUGACGGUUCCUCAUCCUUCCAGUUCUCCGGGCGAGACUGCACCGCCUUCAGUGACGUGCCAAGGUCCCCAAAGCAAAUGCACGCCGUGCCACCCGCCUCCCCGAGCCACUCUGCCGGUGACCCUCCACUCCCCGCGGAGGCGCGAGCCAGUACCGGGAAACCCAAAUAUGAGUGGUUUCUCCAGAAAGAUUCCGAAGGGGACACACCUUCUCUUAUCAACUGGCCUUCCAGAGUUAAGGUUAGAGAAAAAUUGGUGAAAGAGGAGAGUGCUCGCAACAGCCCUGAACUCGCCUCAGAGCCCUUGACUCAGAGGAGACAGCAGCCAGUGCCUGUCCAGUGCUUGCCUUUUCAGUCAGAAAAUUCGGCCUUUGAUAGGGUCUCGAGCAGGGCAGCCGGCUCCGCACGACAGCCCAUCCGCGGCUACGUCCAGCCGGCAGACCCAGUUCACACGGCCACGCUGGUGACCUCAGAGAUCCCAGAAAAUGUAUCUGAAUGCAGCUGGGGAGCGUCAGCCACCCAGAGUGUCAGGAAGCCUCCCAGCUUGAAGGUUCUAGAAAGCGAGAGGAGGGAGACUCCAGUUCUUCAUAUUUGUGAAUCAAAAGCAGAGGAGGAUGUGCUCUUCACCGAAGCCCUCGAGGAAAGCAGGGACACGCUCUUGGCUCUGGAGGAUCACGGGCUUGCCAGAAGCCGCGAAGAACCCUCUGGAAGCGAUGACUUCGGCAAGCCCGCGGUUAGCACUGCCACCUUCGAACUUCGGAAGGGACCGGAAAGUCCGUCACACCCACCUCACACUCAGCAACAACCCACUGAGAGGAUGGUCAGACAGGAAGUGGUCCUGUAUGUUCAGAGCGAGCCUGUGUCCCAAGAUGCCAGGGCGACGGGCCACAAAAAGGAAGCAUUUACCAAGAAGCGCAAGGUCCUUACCCGCUCCCUGUCUGACUACACUGGCCCCCCUCAGCUGCAGGCCCUGAAAUGUAAGGACCCCGCUUCAAAGCAAGAGCACGAGUCACAGACUUCCAAAGCUGGAGGACCCCCCACGGAAGUUGGCGUGCUGGACACAAAGGUCUCUGUCGCCCAGCUCCGAAAUGCCUUUCUGGAGUCUGUCAAUGCCAGCAAGAAACGCGAACUCCAAUCCCGGGUUGAGAGGUCAGCCGAAGGAGUUGGCUUGCCUACCGGUGUGGAACGGGAGAGAGGGUCCCGGAAACCAAGACGCUAUUUUUCUCCUGGUGAAAGUAGAAAGACUUCCGAGAGAUUUAGAACUCAACCUAUAACCUCAGCAGAACGAAAGGAAUCAGAUAGGUCUGCGUCGCAUUCAGAAUUGCCAACUGCUGAGGAUGAAGAAAAGGUAGACGAACGAGCCAAGCUGAGUGUUGCUGCCAAGAGGCUGCUUUUCAGGGAAAUGGAGAAAUCAUUUGAUGAGAAAAACGUUCCAAAGAGACGCUCCAGAAACCCGGCCGUGGAGCAAAGGCUGCGGCGGCUGCAGGACAGAUCCCACACCCAGCCCGUCACCACCGAGGAAGUGGCCAUCGCAGCCACACUACAGGCAUCUGCUCAGCACAAGGCUUUAGCCAGAGACCAGGCAAACCAGGGCAGAGAUUCUACCGAGCAAGGGGAACCUGACUCCUCCACUCUAAGCUUAGCAGAGAAGUUGGCCUUGUUUAACAAGUUGUCCCAGCCGGUCUCAAAAGCUAUUUCUACCCGAAACAGAAUAGACAUGAGACAGAGGAGAAUGAAUGCUCGCUAUCAAACUCAGCCAGUCACGCUUGGAGAGGUACAGCAGGUGCAAAGUGGAAAGCUCAUUCCUUUCUCACCGACUGUUAACACCUCUGUGUCCACCGUGGCAUCUACAGUCCCUCCAAUGUACGCUGGGGAUCUUCGGCCAAAGCCAUCUGUGGACGACAUCCCAGGUGCCACUGACUAUAGACUUCCGCCGUCAAUAGAAAAUUCAGAAUCUCCGGUGAGAAGCAUUCUGAAGUCCCAAGCCUGGCAGCCUUCAGCAGAGGGUAGUGGGAGCAGAGGAAUGUUGAGAGAGUUUGGAGAGACAGAAAGCAAGAGAGUCUUGACAGGUGGAGUUGGUGGCAAAGCGUACGGGUCCUGUGAGGAAGCAGAGCCAUCGUGCCCCACCCUUAACAGAGUCUGGGAAGGAGACAGCCAUAAGGAACCCAAGGAUGCUGUUCCGAGAAGGGGAAGCCUGGAACUAGCUCAUCCCCCCGUGGCCCACCUUGGUGACGAACUGAAGGAAUUUUCCAUGGCUAAAAGCAUCGCACAGGGGAGCCCAGACUUGAGGGACAGGCAGCCCUUUGAAGAGAAGGUCGGCGUGGAGAAUGUCCCAAGAAGGAGGUUUUCACUAAGAGCGGCUGACUUCGGGGAGCCCGCUUCCGAGCAGACGGGCACAGCUGCCAGGAAAACUGGUGCUCAGGCUGCAACCCCCGUGUCCCGGAAGCAGCAAGAGCCUUCCGAGCAAGCACUGGAGAGGUACUCCAAGAGUCCGGGUGCGAUGUUUGCUGCCGGAGAGAUCAAAGCGCCAGCCGUGGAGGGCAUCCUCGACUCAGCCAGCAAAACCAUGUCAAUUAAAGAAAGAUUAGCACUGUUGAGGAAAAGCGGUGAAGAGGAUUGGAAAAACAGACUUAGCAGAAAGCAGGAGUAUGGCAAAGCGUCUAUCGCCGGUGUCCUGCACGUACAAGAAACGGAACAGUCCCUCAAGAAGAAGCGGGUCACAGAAAGUCGGGAGAGCCAGAUGACUAUCGAAGAGAGGAAGCACCUCAUCACUGUGAGAGAAGAAGCCUGGAAGACCAAAGGCAAGGGAGCAGCCAACGACUCCACCCAGUUCACGGUGGCCGGCAGGAUGGUGAAGAAAGGUUUGGCAUCACCCACUGCCAUAACUCCAGUGGCAUCUCCUAUUUGCAAUAAAACGAGGGGCACCACGCCAGUGUCUAAACCCUUGGAAGAUAUCGAAGCCAGACCAGACAUGCAGUUGGAAUCGGACCUGAAGUUGGACAGACUGGAAACCUUUCUAAGAAGGCUGAAUAACAAAGUUGGUGGGAUGCAGGAAACUGUACUCACGGUCACUGGCAAAUCUGUUAAAGAGGUGAUGAAGUUGGACGAUGACGAAACCUUUGCCAGGUUUUACCGCAGCAUGGACUGCACUCUACCGAGAAGCCCCGUGGAGCUGGACGAGGACUUCGAUGUCAUUUUCGACCCUUACGCCCCUAAGUUGACCUCCUCCGUGGCCGAGCACAAGCGCGCAGUAAGGCCCAAGCGCCGGGUUCCGGCUUCCAAAAAUCCCUUGAAAAUGCUGGCAGCCAGAGAAGAUCUCCUUCAGGAAUACACAGAGCAGAGAUUAAACGUUGCCUUCAUGGAGUCAAAGCGGAUGAAAGUAGAAAAGAUGUCCUCCAACUCCAACUUCUCAGAAGUCACCCUGGCAGGUUUAGCCAGUAAAGAAAACUUCAGCAACGUCAGCCUGCGGAGCGUCAACCUGACCGAACAGAAUUCCAACAACAGCGCGGUGCCCUACAAGAAGCUGAUGCUGUUACAGAUUAAAGGAAGAAGACACGUGCAGACACGACUGGUUGAACCUCGAGCUUCGUCGCUCAACAGCGGGGACUGCUUCCUCCUGCUCUCUCCCCAUCACUGCUUCCUGUGGGUAGGAGAGUUUGCAAAUGUCAUAGAAAAGGCAAAGGCCUCAGAGCUUGCGGGUUUAAUUCAGACAAAGAGGGAACUUGGUUGUAGAGCUACUUAUAUCCAAACUAUCGAAGAAGGAAUUAAUACACACACUCAUGCAGCCAAAGACUUCUGGAAGCUUCUGGGUGGCCAAACCAGUUACCAGUCCGCCGGAGACCCAAAAGAAGACGAACUUUAUGAGACAGCCAUAAUUGAAACAAACUGCAUUUACCGUCUGAUGGAUGACAAACUUGUUCCUGAUGACGACUACUGGGGGAAAAUUCCAAAGUGCUCCCUUCUACAGUCAAAAGAGGUACUGGUGUUUGAUUUUGGUAGUGAAGUGUAUGUGUGGCAUGGAAAAGAAGUCACGUUAGCACAACGGAAAAUAGCUUUCCAGCUGGCAAAGCAUUUAUGGAAUGGCACCUUUGAUUACGAGAACUGUGACAUCAACCCCCUGGACCCUGGAGAGUGCAAUCCGCUUAUUCCCAGAAAAGGACAGGGGCGGCCCGACUGGGCAAUAUUUGGGAGACUUACAGAACACAAUGAGACCAUUUUGUUCAAAGAGAAAUUUCUCGAUUGGACUGAACUGAAGAGACCUAAUGAGAAGAACGCCAGCGAACUUGCCCAGCAAAAGGAAGAUCCUCGGGCCGAAGCCAAGCCGUACGACGUCGCGCGCAUGGUGCCGGUGCCCCAAACCACCACCAGCACGGUGCUGGACGGGGUGAACAUUGGCCGUGGCUAUGGCCUGGUAGAAGGGGACGACAGGAGGCAGUUUGAGAUCGCCAGUGUCUCUGUGGAUGUGUGGCACAUCCUAGAGUUUGACUACAGCCGGCUCCCCAAACAGAGCAUCGGGCAGUUCCACGAGGGAGAUGCCUAUGUGGUCAAGUGGAAGUACAUGGUGAGCACCGCAGUGGGAAGUCGACAAAAGGGAGAGCAUUCAGCAAGGGUGGCUGGCAAAGAGAAGUGUGUCUACUUCUUCUGGCAAGGUCGGCAGUCGACCGUGAGCGAGAAGGGCACGUCGGCUCUGAUGACGGUGGAGCUGGACGAGGAGAGGGGUGCCCAGGUCCAGGUCCUGCAGGGAAAGGAGCCCCCCUGCUUUCUGCAGUGUUUCCAGGGGGGAAUGGUAGUACACUCCGGGAGGCGGGAAGAGGAGGAAGAGAACGCGCAAAGUGAGUGGAGGCUGUACUGUGUGCGCGGAGAAGUGCCUGUGGAAGGGAAUUUGCUGGAAGUGGCCUGUCACUGUAGUAGCUUGAGGUCCAGGACUUCCAUGGUUGUCCUCAACGUAAAUAAAGCCCUCAUUUACUUGUGGCACGGAUGCAAAGCCCAAGCCCACACGAAGGAGGUCGGAAGGACCGCAGCAAAUAAAAUCAAAGAACAAUGUCCCCUGGAAGCCGGACUGCAUAGUAGCAGCAAAGUGACAAUACAUGAGUGCGAUGAAGGAUCGGAGCCCCUGGGAUUCUGGGACGCUUUAGGAAGGAGAGACAGGAAAGCCUACGACUGCAUGCUUCAAGAUCCUGGAAACUUUAACUUCACACCCCGCCUGUUCAUCCUCAGCAGUUCCUCUGGUGACUUCUCAGCCACAGAAUUCAUGUAUCCCGCCCGAGACCCCUCUGUGGUCAAUUCUAUGCCCUUCCUGCAGGAAGAUCUGUACAGCGCGCCACAGCCAGCACUCUUCCUUGUUGACAACCACCAUGAGGUGUACCUCUGGCAGGGCUGGUGGCCCAUCGAGAACAAGAUCACGGGUUCCGCCCGCAUUCGCUGGGCCUCCGACCGGAAGAGUGCCAUGGAGACCGUGCUCCAGUACUGCAAAGGAAAAAAUAUCAAGAGGCCGCCCCCCAAGUCUUACCUUAUCCACGCUGGUCUGGAGCCCCUGACGUUCACCAAUAUGUUUCCCAGCUGGGAGCACAGAGAGGACAUUGCUGAAAUCACGGAAAUGGAUACGGAAGUUUCGAAUCAGAUCACCCUUGUGGAAGAUGUCUUAGCCAAGCUUUGUAAAACCAUUUAUCCGCUGGCCGAUCUGCUAGCCAGGCCACUGCCCGAGGGAGUUGAUCCUCUGAAGCUUGAGAUUUAUCUCACUGACGAAGACUUUGAGUUUGCACUAGACAUGACCAGAGAAGAAUACAACGCACUGCCCGCCUGGAAGCAGGUGAACCUGAAGAAAGCAAAAGGUCUGUUCUGAGCGGGAGAGAUGGCUAGAAGAAUCUGCUGUCACUUUCGAAACCCUUGGACCAGGAAAAUGGCAAAUUUUUUUUUUUUUUUUUUGGACUGGUAUUUAAAAAAAAAAACAAAAAAGAUUUUUUUCAUCAGAGUUUUUAAAACCUGAAGUUACUAGCUCUACUGCGUGUCCUGGAUUUGUGUAUUUUGUAAAUGUUUCAGCGAACCCUUUGGAAACUCUCUUUCCACGACUCAGCAGGUCAUGUUAAUAAAGGUGUCCCCGUGUGCACUUAAGUAGCUGUUCCUCAGCAGCUGCUCUCGCACUGCCCUCCUGUUCCAGCUGAGCGUUGCCUACUCUUUUUUUUUUUGAAGCAAUUCUCUUCAUAAAGUGUUAUUUUGAUAGUUUGUGGAUUCUAAAAUAUAUAUAUUUAUAUAAACACCAUAUAAAUCAAAUACGUAUUUAACAAAGCAAUAUUAUUCGAUUCACUUUUAAGAUUUGUUUUCCUUUUGGUGUCAAAAUAAUAUGAAAAGGUAGAUGGAAUUGCUUCUGUGGAAUUAGCUCUGGCAGCCUUCUGUACCUUCACACACAGUUCAGAAAUGUCUCCUUCGGCCCUAGGUCUGACUUGUUCUGAGUGCUGCUUCCGGUGCUAAAAUGAACAGAGACAUUUGUACUUCCUGGCACGGGCUCUAAAGGAUCUGUGCGAAUCCACCUUUCAACCUUAAUAUCUUCCCUGAAAUGUAUAGUGCCUUGUUUUUAUGUACAGUUUAUAUACAGAAAAGUUUGCUCUGCGUUUUUUGAUGAUGGUUUGGAACAUUAUCUCCAAUUUUACUCUAAAAAACGGUAGAAAUGAAAAAAAAACAUCUCAAAUUUCUAAAACCUGUUGUAAACAUUAAACAUGCCAUUUUGUGAUACAGGGCUCCAAAAUAAAAGCUUCAGGAAUAAACACGAUAAUUGAUUCA